GUAAUCUGGAGCGGGCCUUCCUGCGUGCCACGAAAUACAGAGAGCUAAUUCCUGAUUGCUGGGUUUCGACCACCGUAACCCCAUGGGAGAGCCGGUACCGCUACCUGGCCGCCUCCCCGGCCCACGCCGGGCGUGUCCUGUCUUCACGCCCGAGCGAGGAGCCGGGCUUUGGCUUUGGAUCUCCAAAACCCUCAUCUUCAUCUUGUUUGGGGCCCUGCUUCCAGUCUCUUCUUCCUCACCCAUUAACAUCAAGAUGGACAGCGUUCAUGAACAAUUAGCUCUCCUGGAACAAAAGUACCCUCCUCAACAGAUUUGGUGUCCAUCAGGGUCGCACUUAUCAGGAGACAGUAAAACUUGUGUACCGUGUACAAGUGGACGCGGUUACACAGAGCACUGGAACAGACAGCCUUCCUGCUUCCGGUGCGCAGAGUGCCGCUCAGAUCAGAAAGAAGUGACUCCAUGCACCACAACUACCAAUAGGAAGUGUGAAUGCAAAGAAGGCACUUUUUCUGGAGAAAAUUCUCCUGAGGCUUGUCAAGCCUGCACGCUUGGGUGCCCCGAUGGGAUGGUUAUGGAAAGUCCAUGUACCAGCCACAGUGACCUCAAGUGUAUCAGCCGAGACUCAGGUACUAGUGACAGUGCAGUGACCCAAGUCCCUGGAAAGCCAUUGACCAAUUCAGGGCUACCCCCUUCUCCUUCCUCAGGCAAUGGAUCCAUCAUGGUGAUUAUAGCAACAGUGUCGAUUGGGCUUGUAUUCUUCUUUGCUGUGUUCUGCGUGCUCAUGACUCAGAGUGAGAGACUUAUAGAAGGGGACCCUAGAGAUGGAAUGUCCGUCCCCCCGACACCCUACCAGGUCAGGGUUCUUUGUUCCUUGUCUGAACCCCCAGCCCACACCUGCCCUCAGCACUGUCUUCAGAGAGGGAGGUGCAGAGAGGGCCCUCCCACUGCUAAGGUGGACACUGCUUCUCUUCUAGGCACUUCUGUGAGCUGCAAUUACCUGCACAGGGUCCAACACUGCUUGUGUCCUAAGAAAGAGCCUGGGGCACUGGACAACGCCCGCAACAACAACCUGAGUAAAAGGGACUCAGUGUACACUGACAUCUCUGAGCUGGAACCUCAAGGCCAACAGCAGGCAGAGCUGACGGGUGUCACUGUACAGAUCGCAAGGGAAGCAGAGCCGCUGCUGAGAUCAGCGGAAACUAAAGAGUCGCAGAAGGAAAGUAGGCGCCUGGUUCCAGUGAAUGCUGCAGACGCUACUGAAAGCCUGAGGAAGUCCUUCGAUUACUUUUCAAGCGAAGUCAACGUGAGAUAUUGGGACCUAUUUAUGAGGAAGGUGGGUCUCAAAGAAAAUGAUAUCCAACUUGCUAAAGAGCGAAGCCGGUGCACAGAGGAACACCUGCAUCAGAUGCUGCAGCAAUGGCACAGCAUCACUGGGAUGGAAGCCUCAGUGAACACCCUGCUAGACGCCUUGGUAGAGAUUAAGGAAAAUCUUGCAAAAGACAAGAUUGAGAAGCACUUGGUGCACUCCAAACUGUACACCUAUGAGGACGGGGACUCCACGCUACCCUGAGUGUACAGGACUCGCUUUAGGAAACCAGAGCUUCCUUGGAAAGAAACAGAAAAUAAUUGAAGACGCUCUAGAAUUUUCCAGAACUUUUUUCAAAUCAGUUGGAGCUCUGGCUUUUUGUUUUUAUGAAUUGUUUACUGUGACAGUUUUUAAGAUUCCACAGUGGAAUCUCAAGGCAUUUAAGAUAGAUAUCUUGUGAUAAAUUUGGGUAGUACCAUUUUAGGAUGUUAUUUUUAUGCUUAUAGAAUUUUUUUCAUCCUAAGACAACUGCACUUUUUAC